UCCGUUCAGUCCAACGCAACAUUCUUCGAAAAACUCGCAACCGCAGCAAACGCGAAAAGUGGCGCUCGUGGCCAUCGGUGUUUGUCCGCUGUUUUUCAACACAAAAUCGUAACACACACACACAAGUCCCCGGUAGCAAGCACCGUACAGCGCAACUAAAGUGUGUCGAUGCAGCUUUGGUUUAUUACACGGUGAAGCAUUAAUUUCGGUGUGAAUUGUACGUGAAGUGUAAUUUGGAAGCUUUUUUGCCAACCAGAUAAAAGGCAAUUAACAGGAAAAAAAUAGAGUUGAAAAAAAACCCAAGUGAAGUGAAAGAAGAAAGGUGAAGCGCAGUGCAAGAUCCAGAUCCAGUAGACAGAAACUAAACACCUCAGAGAGAAGCAGUGUUGAGCGGUGGCGUGGAAGCGGUCUAGACCUUGGGCCGUACGGAAACGCACACGCAGUGUGAUCGCAUGACGGUGUUGUGUUGUGUGCACAUAGAGGCAACAUAUAACCGACCGUGACCGUGGUGAAGGAAACGCAUCCGUGAGCGAGUGCAAAAAGUGCACCGCAGCGAACAAGUGCAACCAACUGCAUACGUGUGGUUAGAGAAGAAGCAGAAGUAGUAGUACAAGAGUGAGAGAUAAGAAGAAGUGAAGUGUAGUGUUGCUGUGAGAUUAAACAGAAAAGAAAGCGGCAUAGAAAGGGCAGAAAAGUAGAGCACCCUUUGGUACGAUAUAUCGGCAUUGCAUUUAUAACACUUACGACGACGACGACAACGCGGGUGUUUGUGCGCUGUGUUGGUGUAGAUUGGGCAGGUGUAGUGGAUUGCCGUUCAACAGAAGAAAAGCAGUAAUCAAUAAAAAUAAAAAGCUUCGGUGGGAGAGCAAAGUGCAUUAACGUGAAAAUCUAUUAGUUGUGGAGCAGUGUUUUAAGAAUUUAAGCUUUCAACAACACACGAAAAAGGUGAAAAGCUAGCUUCCUACACAACACAGUGAGCAGCAAGUGAGAAGUGAAGAAGUAAACUAAAUAGCAAACAAAACAAAAGUGCAUUCGGUGUCUGCAACAACAGUCGGUGCGAUAAUAGAACAGCGGAGAUCAAUCGAGAAGGAGUGCAGCGACAGUGCAGCGACUCCAACAAAGUUGUCUUAUCUCGGCACUCGGAACGGAAGUGCUGCUGUUCAUCGGUUCCCCGAAAAGAGUGAGUAGUUAUCCUACCUGAUUAUCUAAAAAAACUGCGGAGGAGUAAUGUUCUUUGUUGUGCAAAGACGAAUGACACAUGAUUUAUGAGCGAGGAUCUAUUUUUACGUUCAAACAGGCGAGGGUUUUCUGAAAAAAAUCCAUAAAAAUACGAGUAGAACUAAUUGCACUAAAAACGCGUUAAAACCCCUGCAAACACUCAUCCUCCAAGCAACAGUUGCGUAUUACCUCAUCGACACAAAAGCUCAGCUCAGCUUCAGUACACAAACACCAUCCAAGUUGCAGGCGACAACUAACCUCACGAAGGUCGUUGCCGCCUGUUUUGCGUGUUUUGUUUGGCUCCUUUUUGAGGACAAAUUACGUCGCUUCUGCUCUGAAUGUGUGCGUGUGUGUGCGUGUGUUUGUGUCAAGUUUUAUUGAUCCUCCCUUCGCUGCCUCAUUCGACAAUCGGUGAUAACGCGUGAUGUGGUGCAAUCACUAUUGACACAGUGGCCUUUUGACCUUUGGGGCUUUGCUACGUAUGCAAAAGGUUACCAUGGGAAUGCGUAAGUGCUGCCAGUGUCACACUCUGUUUCGUUCUGCGUUUGUGCGAAUCUUCUGGAAAUUCAAAUCAAACGGUCAAACAGGUUCGAACGGCAAAGUCGAGAAGUAUCGAGAAGAGGAUUCCCUCCAAAACAUUUGUUUAUAGCUAUUCCUCGACAGGUGUGUGUGCUUGUGUGCCUGCAGAGGAAUUAGGGUAGCUUAUCAACGUUCUGGGCUACUUCCCUUGUUCUUCUCCUAUCUCCCCCUAAACCCUUGACCGACGAGCUGAGCCGAUGAGUUGACAGUUUUUUCCUCCCUCGACUUUCAUUACAAUUUGUUUACGGUUUCACCACGCGUUUAACCCCCGCAAACCGGCAAACGCAGGGGUCGAUCUUGAUAAGCGUGAACUAUGACCUCAUUGGUGUAGGUACACAUGGUUGGUUUUGUUGGAGCACGCACGCCACCGUCCUUGUUCCAUCUCGACCAACUCUACACCAGGCAAGAUGACCUUCUUUCGUGUCACAUUUUGUUUGUGUGUGGGACACUUUGCCGUGUUAUUAGAUCAUCCACAAUUUGUGAGUACGUGUGUGUGUGUUUGUGUGUGUGUGACGGAAAUAAAGCACAAUACUUUCUCAUGGUGCUCGAUUAGCGAUGCACCAAAACUAGGCUCGAGCGAAAUUAUUAUGAUGGUGGCGGACUUUGUAACACGCCAGCAGAACGGUUCGCCGCUCAACGGUGAAAUACCCGGCCAGAAUCACAACUCCAAUUCCAACAUGCCUGCCCACAGUGCCUUACUGAUGAGCAACAACAGCAGCAACAGCAACAGCUCCGGCCGUGCCAGCCCGCACACAUCCUCCGAGUCGGAGUUCCCCCAGAACAGCUACGAGCUGGCGGCACACCUGAAGCGCAAGGAGCUGUUCUCGCAGCGCAAGCAGCGCGAGUUCAUCCCGGACAACAAGAAGGACGACAGCUACUGGGACCGGCGGCGGCGCAACAACGAGGCAGCGAAGCGAUCCCGCGAGAAGCGUCGCUUCAACGACAUGGUCCUGGAGCAGCGCGUCGUCGAGCUGACGAAGGAAAACCACGUGCUGAAGGCACAGCUCGAUGCGAUCAAGAGCAAGUACAACAUCUGCGGCGAGAACUUGGUCAGCGUCGACCAGAUCAUGGCCACGCUGCCCACCAACGAGCAGGUGCUGAGCUCGACCAAGCGCGCCAAGCUGGCGAACGGUCAGGCACGGUCCAGCUCGCCGACCGGCUCCAUGAUCGGGUUCCCGCUUUCGCGCAGCCCUUCGCGCCAACCGCAGGCUACCUCUCCCUCGCAAUCGCACGGCCGCGCCUCGUCCCCACACAGCCCACCGGCCGCCAAUGGCACGCCCCAUCUGCAGCAGACGCUGCUGGCCGUCGUCCAGGGCUCGCCAACGACUACUACGACGACGCCAUCGGCGGCCGCGGCGUCCCAGCUGCCUUCGUCCCAGCAAGCUCCGGUCAUCCAUCCCAACCCGAACGUGGAAUCUCCACCGCCAGCGGCCGCCGGCUCGUCGCCCACCGUGUCCUCGGGCGGUGCGAUCCAGCACACGAACGGUGGGCCCGCGUACCUGUCCCCAGUUCAUGCCAUCUACCACCGCAACAGCACGAUCAUCGAGUACGAGCGAGCCUCGGAGGGCGGCAAACUGUCGUCGGCUGAAGGCAGCAGUCGCAGCCCCUCCCAGAUCCGGCUAGAGCUGAUCGAACGCAACCUGGACGAUCAUCAUCACCUGCAGCAACAGCUUGCCCAGCAACAGCAACAGCAACAGCAGCAGCAGCAACAACAGCAGCACCAUCAUCAGCAGCAGUUGGCAUCCUCCUCCCAGCACCCUCUUCACCACUACAGCCAUCAUCCGCGGGAGGCGAUGCGGGAGUCGGUGAUUGAUCAUCACCAUCCGCAUCAUCCUCACCAUCCCCAGCAUCAUCAGCAUCAGCCCCAGCAUCAACCUCAUCCGCAUCAGCAACACCUCCAGCAGCAGCAGCAGCAGCAGCAGCAACAACAGCAGCAACAGCAACAUCCUCACCAUCUCCACCAGCGAGUGUUGGUGUCCAACGGUGACCUGGACCGGGAUGACCGCUCGCCGUCCCCGCUGACGCCCUCGGCCGCCCCGCGGUUCGGAUCCCCAACCACCACCACCAACUCCUCCUCCUCCUCCUCGGCUCCGAUCUCAUCCACCACGCCGCCAACGAUCAUCUCGAGCACGAGUCCGGCCGGAUCGCCCCCGGCCCACGUCCCGGUGGCCCAUGCUCACUCGCACCACUACUCACAGCACCAUCAUCACCACCCGCACCAUCUGGCGGCGCACCACGUCCACCCGCCGCACUUUGUCGUGGGUGCCAGCUCGCCGUACGCCAGCUCAGCCCUUCCCGCCAGUGGCUACCCACUGACGGCGGCGGCCGCUGCCGUCGCUGCUUACGCGAACGGAGCCAGCGCGCUGUACGGAUCGCCCCCGCGCACUACCGAGAUCGCCAGUGCUCUGCUGACGGCGAACGUGCUCAAUCUGAGCCGCCGCGCUCCGUCCCCGUACGAUGCCAGCCCGGCGCAGACGGCCUCCUCGACGGCCAGCGCCGGUAGCACCUCGGGCGGCGAGGAGGAACCCGACCGGGAGCGAGAAAUCCACGAGCACGCCAACAGUCUGCCGGUGAAGCUGCGGCACAAGUCCCAUCUGGGCGAUAAGGAUGCGGCCACCGCACUGCUAGCCCUGCAGAACAUCAAACAGGAACCGAUCGGUCACCGGUCGAGCUCACCGGCCUGGGACGACGGGGACGGCUCGUCGGACGAGCGCGACUCCGGCAUCUCCACGAACGAGUGGCCGACCAAGGCGGAGCAGAAGAUGAUGGUACCGCUGCCGGGCUCGCCUCCAUCGGCGGCCAGCUCCAGCAGCAGCGCUACGAGCGGCGGUGCCAUCGUCAGCACUGCGGCGAUGGUAGCGGCGGUCGCGAAGAUCACCUCCAUCCCGGCGUCGGUCGUGAUCAGCAAGAAGGCGGAAGAGAACAUCCAUCUGCAGUCGAAGCUGGCCCGGCUCGAGUCCGAGGUGGCCACCAUCAAGAACAUGAUGAUCUCGAACACGACCGGCAGCGGGUUCGGCGUGACCGCCGCCGCCCAGUAGCGCAAAUCGCGCCGGCACCGAAGACGACGGCUGCAACGAUGCUGACGUGUGACCCUAGUUCCUGUACAGAGAGAUAACUGGCGACGACGACAUUGAGAAGUUGUCGCUGAGCAACAAACCCUCCGAAGGGGGGUUGGUUCGUUUGUGGCAUUCCUAGCGCCCCAGGGCCCAGUGGAGAGAGCUGCGGAGAGAUCAUCAUCAUCAUCAUCGUGGUUCGAUCGAAGACGAAGCGGAUGAAGCGGAGAAACGGAUAAAAGAACGGCACGAGAAAGACGAGAGAAGAAGCACGCCAUUUAUGUUAGUGGGUUAGUUGAUCGGUUGGAAUUUCUCGGACGUGCGCGAGCGCUCGCGCGAUCGGUUCGGCUCUUCCCAGCGUGGCAUGCCGCCGUGUACGCGUUGCGUGUUGGAGAAAGUUACCACCACACCACAGCCGUCCACAGUACGUUCGGUACGCUCGCAAAGAGAAAGGCGCAGCUAAGGCAACAAGCUCGUUUGGUGGCUUGCUGCUGCUCUGCGUAGGACGCUGGAGGAGAAAGCUCAACACAGGGGUUGGUUCGGUGUGUGUGUGUGUGCGUGCGUUCGGCCCCCUCCGAUUCAGUGCGGUGCUCGGUCCUUUCUUGUGCUCCACUGGACGAUGCGGCUUAGCCGCAAGUCAAGUGGAAAAUGGUGCUUUGGUUUGGAGCCGUUUUUUACUCCCGCCUUCUUCCACUUCGCUGCUCCAGUCGCCGAAGAAAGUAGCGAUCUCUACGCACGCUCCCACAAGGGGCAGAAACAAGUAGCGAGAAUGCCGAGACCCUUCGAGACUCUUUACGCAUGAUUCGGCUGGCAGCUGGAAGUGUGUGGAUGUAUUUACUUUGGAAUUAUUUAGCCGGCUAUGCUGGCCUGUAAAUUAAAAUCAUAUCGCUGAUCGAAGCUUCUGUCGUAGAACAGAAAAGCGAAAAAGGGGUUUCCCCCAUUUUGUAAAAAGAAAAGAACUAGAGCGAAAACAAAAUCAUAGUGUAUGACACUAAAAACAAGCAGAACUGUAAAUGUGAAAACCGAACUACAUCAAACAUAUUUAUAUCCACGGUAGGUAUAAGCGAAGCUGUAUAUCAAGAUAGCAGGAGAGAGAAAGAGAGAGAGAGAGAGAGAAA